GCGUCGGCAGUUUACUCACCGCUGCCUCUGCGUAGGAAAUUAACACCCAAACACUUCACCAGGGAGCGCGGAGGUGGCUGUUAUAUAAAAGAAAGUCAAUAUAAAAUAUUAAGAGAUGCAUUCAGUCACUCUGGACGGUUCGCCUAAAAAGCGGACGUUAUCUCGGGCAAUAAGCGAGGACGAGUCUCUCCGCAGCUUCAUUAAAGAGUCCGAGAGCUCAGCCAGGCGUCUGACACGGAGUGACAGCCGAGCAGGCACCCUGAAGAGGAGGACUGACAGCCAGACAGACCAGGACCUCCUCAUGGGCCUCCCUGAAAUGCUGGAGCUGCAGGCCAGCUAUGACGAGGUGGUGCAGGAGCUGCGUGGGCUGGAGGUAGAGCGAGAGGCUCUUUUGUUCCAGGUGGACGUCCUGCAGGACACACUUGAGGGUGUUGAGGAGCUGCUAGCUGAGGCACAGAGGGAAGCUGGAGAAGCGAACAUGGAGUUGGAGCGAGAGCGGGAGGCCAAGAGAAAACUGGAGAGCAUGGUGUGCUCUCUAAUGCAAGAGGUGGAGAGAUUAAAGGAGGAAGGAAAAAACGAAUUGCCUGCUCCACCGAACACACACGGAAGUGACGAUGAGCCGACAAGACGAGGACGCCAAAUGGAAUAUGAGGACAAAGGCGUGACGGAGGCCUCCUCUCUGAAAGAAUCCUGCAGCGGUGACAGCAAAAGUGGAGUGACAGAGGAAGAAGGAAGCACCCCGACAAAGCUGAAGAAGAUGAUCAGUAAGCCCCUUGCUCACAUGCCCUCUUUGGCUCUAGACCAGCUGAUCUCUGAAGAUGGAGUCCUGAGGAGGCCUUACGAAAACGGGGUGGAAGACAGACGAGAUCCUUCUCCGGACAGAAACGACUCUGACAGCACAAGUGCCUAUGAGGACGCUUCGGCCGAGACUCCGGAGCAGGACCGGAUGUUUCCAGGUGACAAUUUGGAGCUUCCUCAUGAUUCCGAGAAUACCGAGAAGGAUUUGACAGUCGACUGCCAGCCUGACGACCCCAAAAACUCUGAACACUGCUCGGUGUCUUAACUUAUCAGUUUGAUCAGCUACAAGGAGAAAUGUCAGAGGUAAAUAAUUUCACAUCAUUUUGUUUUCCUUUAAAGCGCUUUGAUUCACAGUUUACAUGGACCAGAUUCUUAGAGCGGGCCAAAAGAAACAGUCUUAGCUGUUAACUGUAGCUCUGAGGAGUACUAAAACAACACUUUUCCCAUUAUGACAAUCGAUUAAUCAUUUAGUCAUCCUUAAAUUACAAUGCCAAACUUAGCUUUUUCUUGGUUUUAUAUGUAUGUCAAGUCCUGGACUUCAGGCAUUGUUUAAUGACCUUUUAUUACUAAAUGAUUAUUAGUAAACACUGUUGGCAGCUUGACUUAUGAUGAAAAGGAGUACAAUUAGAUCUAGCUGUCAUUUUUACAAUUUUAAUUUUUAAGUUCAAAACUAAGGAACUCAGGAUCCAGGCGGUUUACUAGCUGUCAACUCAAGACUACUUAAAAUUAAUUGCCAAUAGUUCCUCUUUUCUCUUUAGUACCUAUCAUAUUUUCUUUCUUUUUUAAGUAUGGAUAAAUGUAGAAAUCACUCAUUUUUUUAAUUUGAUUGUUUACCUUUUUAGUAGCCCUCUAACAAGGUAACUCUUAACUAGACACAAAUCAGGAUUUAUCUGUGUUCAAAACACGGUAAGUGCAAAAAAGUACAGCUCACAUAUAGACAACAUAAGAUGAAGUUUGGAGUUAAGAGAGGCAGAGGAAACCUGUAAGAUAGAUUUUGGGUUAUGGGAACAUGCCAUGUAUUUGAUGCCUGAUUUUUAUUUUGUAGCUCUUAAGUAAAUGGCCCUUUUUCCUGUUUUUGUUUUGAAUUUGGGAAAUUAAUUUGGCUGCAUUUGCACUUUUUGAAGUUCUUGUAUCGUGACAUAAAUUUGUCAGAUUACAUCAGAAACAACAUUCCCUUUACAACCAAACAUGUCGGCGAUGGCUGAGCAGCUUUCCUGCUGCAGGCUGUAUCUGCUCUGCCUGCACAGUUUUUACUGUAUGUUUGCACAUUCGCAGAGAAACUUUCUGAAACAAGUCUCUAAAUGCUGUACUCACUUUGUAUUUAAUGGCAAUGUUUUAUGAUUAUUUUUUACAAUGUUACAUUUCCUUUUUUAAGCUUGAAAGAAGAAUCAGACCCUUUCACCUCAUUUGAACAGAUUGCAUGAGCACCGAAGAAUGUAAAACAUUUCCAAUCUGAAGAUGAAUCAAUCUGUCAUUUUUUUUUUCGUGUUUUUGCACGCAGAUCUUUGUUUGGAGACAGUGUCAUUUCCUAAGUUUUAGCAGCUUUAUUAUAGAUUUGAAAUUAUAAGGGAACAUAUCAUACUGGCUAUAUAAAUUUGACACCUCUAAGGGAAAUCAGUUUUAAUCACUGAAAACAAAAUGGAAUAUUGAAGAUAGAAGUUGUUCAGUUGCUGCAUUUAGUUGCAUGUUAUUUUGUGGGUUUUAGGCAGAAUAUGAACGUUUGCAUUGACUCAUUUAUCUUUUUAUGUAACAUUUGUUACACUAGGUGACUGCUACUGAAGUCCUGAUACUGUAGUGCUGAGUGCUUUGCAGCCAGGGUUUGAAAUUUCAGGUCAUUUACACCAACGCUACAGGGCGUUCAUACGUGAACACCCACAAUCAUUCAUCAAGUCUUUUUUUUCAUUCACUGUUCAUUUCAUUUUUCUGUCACAUCAAAUGUUACACAUCACUUUUAAACUUUCCUUAUUUCGCAUUUUCAUUGAUUUUUAUUUGAAUUUUAGCACAGCAUUGGAUUUUUACUUUGUUUUUAUUUUCUUUACAUUUCACGUUCACACAACAAUGCAAAAAUAAAGUUCUUACUGUAGUUUGAUGCCUUUAAGGGGUCUACUUAUUUUUGACAUGUCUUAAGCUUUGUAUGAAACGUUCACGUGUGACUGUAGACGACACAGGUUUAUACUUGUAAUUUAAAUGACAUUGCAGACAUAUCAAAGUAAAGAGUGAAUAAUGAA